AUGGCGGGGGCGUCAGCGCCAGCGGCGCUCACGGCGAGUGUGCUGCUCUGCUGCAUGGCCACAUCUGCGGUUACGACGCUGCUGAUCCAGCUCUACCUUCACUCAACCUCGUCUCGCUCCACUUCAGCCUCUUCAGUCCAAAAAUCGGCGUCAAAGUCUACGUCGGAUAAGGGCUCCGAAUCUGCUCAAGACGACGUAUCUCCGCUUCCAGUGAACGGAUCUGCGCGCAACCAGCAAGUUCUUGACCUCGGGGCGCUGGAGGACGCAGACGUGCCGGUUGCACUUCAGUUGGACGCGUACUUCUCCCCCGAGAGGCUCAAGGACUUCGACCACGCCCGACUCUUCGACGGCUGCAGCAACGUGCUGGCCGUGCUGGACGCCAUCCACCCGUACCUCGUCAAGUUCUUCGCCAAAAACGCGUGGAUGUCCUCGUUCGGGGCGGAGAACACGCAGAUCACGACGCUGCAGAGCUCCACGAGGCUCGACAGCGACGGCCGCGCUCUGGCCGAGGAAGAGUCCGACUCGGAGGACAGCGACGACCCGCGCCCCAGUGUCCACGGGCGCUCGUCGUCGUACCCGCGCAUCAAGACACGCUGGCGGCUGCCAGAGUGGCUCGACCCCAACGAGACGGCGGAGAUCGUCAUCUACCCAGGGGUCCGGACUCAGACUUUCGCCCCGCAGAAGAUCAUCAACCUGGAGGAGGAGGGACAGGGGAGGCCCAUGAGACGCCCGUCCACCGAGAGCACGGGGUCAGCAAGGCGACAGUCGUACGGCUGGUCCAGGUCCGCGGUGACACAGGAGGAAGAGGAGGAAGUGGAGAAGAGGAAGCUCAUUGUGCUGCCAGACGCCCACGUGCUGGGGGGAACCUUCGAUCUGUCGGAAGGGUCGAUUCACAUUGGCAAGCACGUUCGGAUUGAACCGGAUGUGUAUAUUAAGGGACCGGCGAUCAUUGGUGCGAGGACUACGCUGAGGAGCGGCACGUACAUUCGAGGGGAUGUGAUCGUGGGACGGAAUGUCGUGCUCAGAGGGGAAGUGAAGAACUCGGUGAUUCUAGACGACGCGGAGCUGUGCCAUCCAGGGUACUGCGGAGACAGCGUGUGCGGGUUCAAGAGCCAUUUCGGCAACCAAGUGACGACAGCGAACUUGAGUUUGUUCUCGGGGUCCAACUUGACGAUUGACGUGGACGGCGUCACUUACGAUACGGGCAGAAGGAAGGCGGGUGUCAUCCUUGGGGACGGCAGUCAGCUCGGCUGCUCGUCCGUCACGGAUCCGUGCACCUUAAUUCAGCAGAACACGGUUGUGUACCCUCUCACGCGUCUGCGCAAGGGCGUCUACGGAUCAUCACUUCUCGUCAAGAACAAGCCGAUGGAGAAGGGAGUGCUGGAGAUCGUUCCGAUACGACCGUCCGAGCAGAAUUAA